AUGGCAGAGCGCCUUGCUGGGAAGAAGGCAGUGGUGGUGGGCGUGCCAGGGGCUUUCACCCCAACUUGCUCCAACAAUCAUGUCCCGGGGUACUUGGCAAAGCAAGCUGACUUGAAGGCCAAGGGUGUGGAUGAAGUCAUCGUGGUCAGCGUCAACGACGGAGCCGUCAUGGAGGGCUGGGCCAAGGAUCAGAAGGUGGAGGACUCCAUGAUCUGCUUCCUCGGAGACACCCGCAUGGAGCUGACCAAAGCCCUGGACCUGGUCUUCGAUGCUGCGCCGGCCAUGGCGGUGCUGGGAAACCCCCGCUGCAAGCGCUUCGCGAUGGUGGUGGACGGCGGGGUCAUUAAGGCUAUAACGGUGGCUGGUGGCGAUGUACCUGACUCAGUGAAGAUCAUGACAGAUGGCAAGCUGCGAGCCCAGCAAAUGACGCGGCUGUUCCCCGAUGGGGACAGCGCGCCCUCCAAAGGUGCUGAGCCUGCAGAGCUGCCACGCCCUUACGACGGGUCUGAGCUUGAGGAGGAUGUCGUUCAGGAGAUGACGGACUACUUGGCGGAGUGUGGCAACGGCUCGAGACGUCCAUCGCCCAUGGCAGGUCAGGACUAUGGAAAGUUCACGAACCGAUUUCCGCGUGUGAAGAAGCGCAAGAUUCAGAAGCACUUCGACAUCGUCACGGAGGAAGGUGGCCGCCAGCGAGUCGAGCUGCCAAACGACCACCCUCAGCGCAUCGAGGCACCCGAGGAGCCGCCGGAGGACUUGGAGGUCAGAGAGCAACCGCGAGAGGAGGACAUCCCUGAAGAUGACUUCCCGGACGAAGUCGAGGAGUCUCGUGUUGACGAAGCGGCUCCCGAGGAGGUGGAUCCCAAUGAGCCCGCCAUACCACUGGGCCCUGGGACGUUCCCAGUGGGUGUCAUUCGCGACUACGACGCGAUCAAAGGUUACGGGUUCAUCCGCUGCGAGCAUCACCCAGAGGACAUCUUCUUUCCUCGCCAAGCGCUGCCCAAGUCCUUUCAAGGCAGUGAUGAUCGAGAGAUGCCGGUGCUGAAGGGGGUGCAGGUGAGCUUUGACUUGAUCCAGAGCAACCGGGGACCUCGCACGGAUUCUCUGAACUUGCUGCUGAGGUGGCUGCAGUCGGACAGGUGCUGGCUGCUGAAGAGAGUGAAGAUACCACCCAGACCAGCACGCAGCAGCAGGUCCUAA